UUUCUCUCUUACUACUACAGCCUCUCUCUUCUCCGAAGGUAAGAAAAACUGAUCCCAAAACCCUAACCCAUUUUGUUAUAUAUAAAGUCCUAACUUCUCAUUUCUUUUCUCUGUUUUCGCAGAUUCGACUGAUCGGUGAUGGCUCCGAAACAGCCAAACACUGGCCUCUUUGUGGGUCUAAACAAAGGGCAUGUUGUAACCAAGAAGGAAAAGAUUGCACGCCCCUCUGAUAGAAAGGGGAAAACAAGUAAAAGAGUUCAUUUUGUAAGAAAUCUCAUAAGGGAGGUUGCUGGUUUUGCUCCCUAUGAGAAGAGAAUCACUGAACUUCUUAAAGUUGGGAAAGACAAACGAGCGCUUAAAGUGGCAAAGAGAAAGUUGGGCACUCAUAAGAGGGCAAAGAAGAAGCGUGAGGAGAUGUCCAAUGUUCUUCGUAAGAUGAGGUCUGCUGGAGGUGGAGAGAAGAAGAAGUGAGUCAUUGCGAUGGAUCUCUACUUGGAGUUGUCUUGGUGAAAGAGAUUAUUAGUUAUAGAUGUUUUGUCAAGCUCCUUGCCUUGUUAAACUGUAGCCUGGAAGAUUGCAAUUAAGUUUUUGUUCAAUUCUCUACCAUUUAAGACAGCAUUAGUUAUUUGCAUCUGAGUUUUAAAAAUCUGCUACUUUUUGUCUUGAAAUUUGAUUAGUUCACAUCUUUGCUAAACAAUUCGAUACACUUGUUUAUUAUUUGUGUUUA